AUGAAGUUCGCUCUCGUUGCACUCGCCAUCGCCGCAGGGGCCUCCGCCCGCACGUUCACCGUGUACAACAACUGCCCGUUCACCAUCUGGCCCGGGAUGUUCACGGACCUGAACGUCGCGCAGAACGUGCCCAGCCAGCCGAACGGCUGGGAGCAGGCCGCGUUCCAGGCCGUCUCCUUCUCCGUGCCCAACAACUGGAAGGCGGGCCGCAUCUGGGGCCGCCGCAACUGCAACUUCGCCACCAACCCGGGCCCGAACUCGUGCCUCGACGGCGGCUGCAACGGCGGCCUCGUCUGCGACUCGCGCACCGGCACCGGCGUCCCGCCCGCGACCGUCGCCGAGUUCACGCUCCAGGGCGCCGGGAACCAGGACUUUUACGACGUCUCGCUCGUGGACGGGUACAACCUGCCGAUGAGCAUCACGAACAACAAGGGCUGCCACAUCGCGAACUGCCCCGUCGACCUCGGCCCCAACUGCCCGUCGCAGCUCAAAGGCCCCUUCGAUUCGACCGGCUUUCCCGUCGGCUGCAAGAGCGCCUGCGUGGCCCACCUCGCCUCCGACCCCAACAACGACCCGAACUGCUGCACGGGCUCGCACAACACCCAGGGGACGUGCCCGUCGUCCGGCGUGCAGUUCUACUCGUACUUCAAGAGCAACUGCCCGAACUCGUACGCGUACGCGUUCGACGAGCCGAGCGGGACGGCGCUCUGGACGUGCAACUCGGCCCUCAACGCCGACUACACGAUCACCUUCUGCCCGUGA